AUGAAAUCUUCUCUUGUACUUUGUGCCCUAGCGGCCAGCGCUAUCGCCGUGCCAAUUGAGCCCAACUAUCGAGUGCACGAGCGCCGCGAAUUUAUCCCAACCUCUUGGACCGAAGGCAGAAAACUUGACGCAAAGGUGUCCCUGCCUGUACGAAUUGGCUUGACCCAGUCUAAUCUUGAUCGGGGUCACGAUCUGCUCAUGGAUUUGUCGAACCCGUACUCGAGUCGCUACGGGAAGCAUCUCACUGCUGAUGAGGUGCAUGACCUGUUUGCUCCGUCCGAGAAAAGUGUGGAAGAUGUGCGUUACUGGCUAGAGUCUGCUGGAAUUGCACGCGAUCGUAUCUCCCAGUCUGUAAACAAACAAUGGAUCCAGUUUGAUGCCAAUGCCGAAGAGUUAGAAAAGUUGCUUCACACAGAGUACUAUGUUUAUUCCCAUGCCGAAACUGGUCGGUCGCACGUGGCGUGUCAAGAAUAUCAUGUCCCGAGCGCUGUGCAAGAGCAUAUCGACUAUAUAACGCCAGGAAUCGCCCUGCGCGAGGUUACAGGCGCUCGGAGGUCUGCGAACAAAUUUGGGAAACGCUCUAUGAAUGGACUUCCUCCAAUUCUUGAGCCGAUAUUACUACCAAUCGAGAGGCUGCUGAGCGGGCUUUCCUCCUAUUGCUCGCUCGCUAUCACACCACAAUGUGUUCAAGAGAUGUACAACAUCACUGAAGGCCACUCGGCCACAAAGGGAAACGAAUUGGGAAUCUUUGAAGGCAUUGGAGAUGUUUAUGCACAAGAAGAUCUCGACUUGUUCUUUUCGACAUUCUCUCCAAAAAUCCCAACAGGCACACACCCAACUCUCAAGGCAGUUGAUGGCGCUGUGGCCCCCAUAUCAGUUCUCAAUGCAGGAGCCGAGUCUGAUCUUGACUUCCAGAUCUCGUACCCGAUUAUUUGGCCGCAGAACUCAAUCCUAUUCCAAACAGAUGACAUGCAGUACGAGAAUGAUUAUACGUUCCAAGGAUUCCUCAACACGUUCCUGGAUGCCAUUGACGGCUCAUAUUGCAGCACAAUCUCGCCCCUGGACCCUCCCUAUCCUAACCCCAAAGCUGGAGGAUACAAGGGCUCUUUGCAAUGUGGCAUAUAUGCGCCACCCAAGGUGGUCUCAAUCUCAUAUGGUUCCGCCGAGGCAGAUCUUCCCAUUUCCUACCAGCGGCGCCAGUGUGCUGAGUUUAUGAAAUUGGGUACGAUGGGUGUAUCAGUGGUAGUUGCCUCGGGUGACUCCGGUGUGGCGGGACGUGGAGGCGAUCCUACUCCCAGCAACUGUCUUGGUCCCAAUGGCAAGAUCUUUGCCCCAGAUUUCCCUGCCUCCUGUCCAUAUAUAACUGCGGUGGGAGCGACCGAAAUGCAAUCUGGCAGCUUACCGGCAGAUCAUAAGGAGCAGGCUGUGACCAGAUUCCCGUCCGGUGGUGGUUUCAGUAACAUCUACAAGGCGCCUGAUUAUCAAACCCAAGCUGUUGCCGACUACUUUGCCAAGGCAGCGCCUUCGUAUCCGUACUAUGAGAGCGUGGACAACAGCAGCUUCGGUGCAAACAACGGUAUAUACAACCGUAUCGGUCGUGGGUACCCGGACGUGGCUGCUAUUGGGGACAAGGUCAUCAUCUAUAAUAAAGGAACGCCGUCGUCAAUCGGCGGUACAUCGGCUUCUGCACCCGUGUUUGCUGGAAUCCUCACCCGUAUCAAUGAAGAACGAUUGGCCGCUGGAAAGUCUACAGUGGGCUUUGUGAACCCGGUUCUUUAUGCUCACUCGGAAGCAUUCUUCGAUGUGACCAAAGGUACAAAUGCUGGUUGCAACACUGAUGGCUUUUCUGCGGCAGAAGGCUGGGAUCCGGUGACUGGACUGGGUACUCCGAACUACCCAGCCCUUCUGAAAGUAUUUAUGAGCUUGUAG